AUGCGUACUUCUUCGUCUCUUUCCUCUUCAUCGCUUUCGUCAUCACAAACCCUACCACAAUCACAACGAUAUGUUCGUCCGCGCGGGCUGCGGAUAUGGAAUCUUUUCAAACAAUGGUUGCCUAUCUUGGCGUACGGUGCAACUAGCCUCGGUUUUGUCUUAGCUAUCGCAUUCUGGAAAACUGAGGUUCUCGACGGUCUUGACCACCUCUCACACUGGUUGCGAAACGACAAAUACUUCGGCUAUGCAGUAUUGUUCUGUCUCAUUUUCAUCACUACGUUCCCUCCUCUCCCACUAUAUUCCACGCUGAUCACAUUAUCGGGAUAUACAUUUGGGCCGUGGAUCGGUGCUGUUAUCUCGUAUUGUGCUGCGCUCUCUGGUGCUAUCGUUGUGUUCUGGCUAUCACGGACGUUCUUACGCGAGCCGAUUGGUCGUUGGCUUUCCUCAACGCGUGCUCUAUGUCGCGCAGUUCGAGCCGUUGAACGCAAACCACAGCUAUUGUUCCUUGUCAGACUCGCACCAUAUCCGUAUAAUGUGCUAAAUGCACUUCUUGCGGCCACCCCAGCACUCACCAUGCGGACCUAUGUGAUUUGCACGGCUUUGUCUCUUUUCAAAGUCAUCAUUCACACCAGCAUCGGUGCAGGAAUUCGCUCGUUUAGCGCCAAGAAAGAAUCCGAUGUUCAAGAGGAAGAGGAUGAUACCUGGAGCAAAGUCUGGACUAUCGGCGGGAUCCUUUUGUGCGUUGCACUUUUCAUAUACCUCAGCUUGGUAGCGCGCCGAGCAGUGGACGAUGAGCUCGAUGACGAGAUUCCUGGAAGUGCGUCGGAAGAAAGAGUGGCAUUCUUAGAUGCGGAGUCGCAUGCAGAGGAUGACGAUACUGGAUCUCGAGCACUACGGUUACCCCUGACUUUGCAGUCGCAGAACAACAUGAGCGAGGCACAGCUCGUUUCUCCACACCACGUUGUGUCCGGACUUCCUGCAGCCUAG